CGCGCUACUGAUCCCCACAGUCUUCGGGUGCGGAUCGACUCGGAAGGAUCGUUUCGAUCGUCGUUGUUGUUGUUUUUUGUCGCGUGUCCUCAUAACUGGUUCGGAACUGAGCGAGUUACAAAUCGUUGAUGGUGAUUCGCGUAAAUGUUCAAUCGAUAAGAGAUUAGAACAAAACAAAAACAAUAAUGCAGGCUACCAACACAACCGGAUUCAUGCUGCAAACGAUGCUCUACAUGGUGAAUCAUGGCUGGAACAACAGCUUGUACAAUGCGAUUCACAACGUUUCAUCUACCGGAAAUAUGAGUCUCUCUCCAGAGGAUACUCGCUGCUACGGAGUGUACGGUUGCUUCCCGUUGACGUACCCCUGGGUGGACGACAAACGACCCCUAGCGUACCAUCCUCGGUCACCGGCCCAGAUCAACGUCCGCUUUCCGGUGUUCAACAAACCCGUACGAGAACGGCCCCAGUUCAUCGACAUCAAUGACCCGGACGAGGUGAAACGGUUGGGAAUCAACCCGAACGGGAAGAUCUACUUCGUGACGCACGGUUACAUCGAGUCCGGGGAUCGACCAUGGAUUCAGAAUCUUGUGAACGCUCUGCUGGACAAUGACUCCCAGGGAACCGCAACGGUCGUGAUCAUCGACUGGCGCAAAGGAUCCAUCCCGCCGUACUCGCAGUGCGUUGCCGAUAUCCGCCUGAUCGGUGCCAUCGCAGCCCACGUCAUUCAUCUGUUGUACCAGGAGCUGGGAAUGCGUAAUCUCGACAAGGUUCACCUGAUGGGUCACUCGCUGGGAUCACAUCUGUGUGGCUACGUUGGUUACUUCCUGCAGCGAGAUUUUGGACUUCAAGUCGGGCGCAUUACCGGAAUGGAUCCGGCGGAACCAAUGUUUGCCGAUACGGAUCCCCUUGUGCGGUUGGACGUCUCCGAUGCGAAGUUUGUGGAUGUUAUCCACACCGAUGCGGUCCCCUGGGUGGAGCGUUGGCCACGUCCCGGAGGGCUCGGAAUGCACCAGGCGGUGGGUCAUGUGGAUUUCUAUCCGAACGGGGGGAGCAAUCAGGCGGGAUGUAACGAUCCGAUGGAGAAGUUUAUUCGAAAACACGAGAAUUCGUUUUUCUGGGGGUUCCAGGAGUUUUUUGGCUGUAAUCACGUGCGCUGUCAUCAGCUGUAUUUGGAUGCGAUUCCGCAGCGGUGUCCAUUUGUGGCAAUCGGGUGCGAAUCGUAUGAGAAGUUUUUGGCGGGGGAAUGCUUCGAGUGUGACGUUGACGGCCAUCAUUGCAUCGAUUUCGGACCGAAUGCACAGUUGAGCUACCGGAGGUUGAUCGAGAAUGGGAAUAUGGUCGAACCGCGGCAGAUUCGGGCGUUUAUGAUAACCGGUGAUGAUUCGCCCUAUUGCCGAACUCACUACAAGGUCACUCUGGUCCUAUCGGACAGCGAGGAGAGUCGUAUUCACGGUGGUGAAGUCGGCAAACUAUCGUUGGAGUUUAUCGGUCAGCAGCGCGAGCGAUCUGAACGGAUGGAGUUCUCAAAGGAAUCAUUCACCAUGGAACCGGGAAGGAAUUACUCCUCGGUGAUGGCCGGGAAGGAUGUCGGGUUGCCGAAGAAAGCAUUCAUUACGUGGGAGUAUCAGACAAACCCGUUGAACCCUAUGACCUGGCGGUUGUUGGCCACCCCGCGAAUCUACGUGGCGUACGUAAUUGUUCAGACGCUAGAGCACCGAUCGAGGCAGAAAUUCUGCCCCGUGCAGCAGGAACCGAUCCAGGUCGGUCGCGAUAAUGACUUCCGAGCGGAAUAUUGUUUUGAUUAGGAAUUACGCGUGUUCAAAAUAAUAUGUUACCCGUUGUAUUUGGUUUUGUAUGAAAAUUGUUUUUUUGGGGAAUAUAAGCCGAGCG